CAUAUGUGUGAAUGUGUCUAGCUUUAGCGUCGUUUUUUAGUUGUUCGAGUAUGUGCAUAGCAACAACACACGCAGACGUUAUUACCAAACAGAAGGUAUCGACCGUCGACAGCACUUAGUUUGAAGUUAAUACAGUUUUAGUAAAAACGGGUGAAAAGGCAAUUGGAAAAAGAUGGAAAUGACAGCAACGUUUCAGUCAGUAACAUACUCAUGGGAAAAUAUCCAAAUUGAGCUGGAAACAAAUCAUGGUCACUGUUUUAAUCGUGUUUCCUCCGUUCAGAAACAAAUUCUUGACAAAGUAACGGGAUGUAUCCAGCCGGGAGAAUUUCUCGCCAUCAUGGGAGCAAGUGGAGCUGGAAAGACGACACUUCUCAAUUGCCUGACAUUCAGAAACGCUGGGAAAUUGAAAAUCCACGGCGAGAGGUACCUCAAUGGAGCGAAAGUCAACACGGACAUCCUCGCGCAAAUCUCCGGAUUCGUACAGCAAGACGAUCUGUUUAUCCCAACGCUCACUGUCAAGGAACAUCUGCAAUUCCAGGCCUUGUUGCGGAUGGACAAACAUUUGAGUUACGAAGAAAGAAUGAAUCGGGUUGACAAUGUGAUUAUAGAAUUAGGACUCGAAAAGUGCGCCAACACCGUCAUUGGCCUUCCGGAAAGAUAUCACAAAAGCAUUUCCGGAGGUGAAAGGAAACGACUGGCAUUUGCCUCAGAGGUUUUGACUAACCCGUCCUUGAUUUUCUGUGAUGAACCCACAUCCGGUCUCGAUUCUUUCAUGGCCCAAAACGUCGUUCAAAUUUUGAAAAAUUUUGCGUUCUCGGGCAAAUCAGUCAUCUGUACGAUCCAUCAACCGUCGUCCGAAGUUUUUUCGCUUUUUGAUCGAAUUCUUUUACUGGCUGAGGGUGGUAGGACGGCUUUCUUUGGCCCUGCUGGUGAUGCCCUGCCCUUUUUCUCCAACCUGGGGUUUCUUUGCCCACCCAGUUAUAACCCUGCCGAAUUCUAUAUUCACACUUUGGCAACGGAACCGAGCAAAGAGGCUGAAUCAAAGGAAAGGAGAAAUAUUAUUUGCAAUGCCUACGAAGUUUCUGAGGCCAGUCACCGUGUUUUUGAAAAGGUUGAAGCCAACAAAGUGCCCAUCUCUUCUACUAGCACAAGAAUAAGGCCAUCAGAAAAUGAAACGGAAGGGACGAAAGUUAAAAAAUCUCCGUACAAAGCUUCGGUGUUUGACCAGUUCCGGGCCGUUGUAUGGCGUUCGGUCAUUUCCGUUAUCCGUGAAUCAAUGAUCCUCAAAUUUAAAAGUUUUCAAACUAUUUUUGUUGCAGGUAUUAUUGCACUCCUCUUUCAAGGACAAACCCUACAGUAUGAAAACAUUAGCAAUAUUCAAAGUAUUCUCUUCAUAUUCGUCGAUAUCGUAACCUUUCAAAAUGUCUUUGGGGUUGUGAGCACAAUAUCAAAUGAAUUGCCAAUAUUCCUGCGUGAACACCGCAACGGAAUGUACCGAACGGAUGUCUACUUCCUAAGCAAAACCCUGGCUGAUUUGCCCGUCUACAUUUUUUUCCCGUUUGUCUUUGUUUCCAUCCCUUACUACGCCAUUGGAUUGAACCCAUUCACCGACAGAUUUUUUGUGUCGUGUGGAACAGUCAUUCUCGUCACCAAUGUUGCCACGUCAUUCGGCUACCUGAUUUCCUGUGCAGCUGGAUCGACUCAGAUUGCUCUUGACUUAACCACCCCACUUGUAAUUCCGUUGCUGUAUAUUGGAGGAUUCUUCCUCCGCAACGGCUCCGUCCCCGUAUACUUGGAGUGGAUGCGAUUUCUUUCAUGGUUCAUGUACGGCAAUGAAGCGCUUUCAAUCAACCAAUGGGCUGGCGUCAUCUUCAAUGACACGGCCUGUCCUAACGGGAUCUGUACUGGAGCACAAAUCCUACAAAACUACGAUUUUAAUCCGGAGUUUUUCCAUCGUGACAUUGGCGGACUAUGCGGAUUGAUUGUCGGUUUCCGCUUUUUAGCUUUUCUCGCACUACUCUCAAAGACUUACUAAUUAUAAAUAUUAGGAGGCUAUUCAAAUAUUUUUCAGUUAAUCUUCCCGGUUGUUGCU